CUAAAUUUCGGAAAUGGCAUUUGCGAAAUGAACAUCGACAAUUUUAAAUGUUUUGUAAUAUUCGGUACGAAAAAAUGUAAUUCCUCGUUCUCAAUCUGCUUACAAAAGAAUGCUGUUUUUCCGGAAUCGCACGAAAUCCUCCGGUUAACAACCCUACUGUGCAGCUGUUUUGUCCAAGCUUGAAGAAAAGUUUAAGAAUCAUGGCUGCAAUGAAAAAGCUUUUGUUGAAGCCAACUUCUCCCCGGCAUUAUUCGAAAAGAUCAAACGAGAAAUUAUAAUUGAGCAUUCUUCCUACGAAGAAUGGACCUCUGCAACACGCCCAGAGGUUUUUGAGAAGUUUUCCCGUUAAAACAAUCUCCUUUAUGAAGCCAACAGAGGUAAAGAAAAAGUAACAGACCCAAUGGUUGGAGCUAAAGAUAAACCUUCUUUUUUUAAUGAAGUUUUAAUGAAAACUUUUUCAAAAGUCAAAGUGCCAAAACAUGCUGAUGUCCUUUGUUGGUUGAAACAAAAUGAAUUUCGAUUUCCACUUUUGUCUACAGCUGCUCGUACUGUGCUCUCCGUCCUAGCAUCUUCUGCAGCAUUAGAACAAGUUUUCUCAGAAACAGGAAAUACUAUAACUCCACUACAAAGUCGUUCGGACCCAAAUAAUGUAACCAAAUAAUAACAGCAGCAAAGUCAUAAUUCAGUGGGAUUUACAACUUGAGUCAGGUCAACUUGAAGGUCCAUCUAAGUCUAAUCAGCAUCAAAGAGCAGCCAGCUCUGGAGAUUUAGACUUUUCAAUGAACAGUUCUAUGCUACUGCCUCCUCGAGCAGAACCUCAACUCCAGUUAAGCGCAAUGCAUCUCAUAGCCAAUUUUAAGAAAUUGAUUCAGAAGAUGAUGAAGAUCAACUUAAUCUGGCCUCCAGUGGUUUAAGUCAAAGUUUUGAUGAUAAUGAUGAUUAUACAUCACCCUGAAUUCAGACAAAGGCAACUUUAAGUUGCAGGCAACAAAAAGACUAUCAAAAGUUUGAGGUUAAUAAGUGCUUCUGACAUUUUUUACAAGUUUGUUGGUUACGUUAAUAAGUGCUUCUGGCAUUUUUUACAUACAUAUUUGUUGGUUACGUUUUUUUAAGUUAUAAUAUCAUUAAAUCAAUAACAAAGAAUAAUAAUGUGUCACUAUAAAAGAAUGAGAAAAAUUGUUCUCAUUUUACUAUGUCUUACAGCAAUAUUGUUAGUUAUACGUUACUUAAAUCAAAAAAUGAAUUUUAUAACAAAUCAAAAAUAUGCAAUGUCAUAUAAAAAAAAAAACUUUAUCCAAUUAUCAGCAAAUUCACUAAUAAAUGACACCGUUCCUCAUCACCAAUUUAACACUCUAAAAGAAAUACACGAGCUUAUGUGGCAACAAAUUCAUGCUCUGCAAGAAGAAGGUGAUUGUGAAGAAAAAAAAAUUUUGCUAUGUAGAAAUGUUGAAAAUUAUGCCGGUUUUGGCUCCAAUGUUCACCGAUACGGAGUGUGCAUGCAAGUAGCAUAUGGAUUAGGAAGAAUCUUCUUUAUCUACCAAGAACAGUAUAACCACUUUGAUGGGAUAUUCCAAUGGGUUAAACCAGAAUCAUUAAAAUGCGGAUAUUUAAAACAAAAAAUCCUUUUAAAUAAAUUAAAUUCUUGCAAUGCGCAAGAUUCCUCGUGCUAUCUUAGCAACGGUUUUGAUUUAAACAACAAUCAUAAGGUUAUUGAAUUUAACACAUUAGUAAAAAGCGUACCUUAUCCAAGGCACAUACCUGGAACGUUACCAGAAGAACUCAAAAAAAACUUGUUAUUUCUUGGGGUAAAAAGUCCAUGGCUAUGGUUUACAUCACAGUUUCUUGCUUACCUUCUGUUAAGGCCAAACUUGUCCUUUUACGAAACUUUAUUUGCUUUAAAAAAAAAAAUUAAUUUUACUUCACCAAUUGUUGGUUUUCAUAUUCGUCACGGGGAUAAGUUAACUAGUCGUGAGGCAAAAUAUAUUAAUGAAAGUGAAUUUGUAAAAGUUGCAAAAGAAUAUUUUAAUGAAAACAAGAUUAGUCACAAACGCAUUUAUACUGCAACGGACAAUAUUUCUGUAAUCGACCAGGUUAAAAAAUAUGCUCCAGAAUUUCAAACAACAUGUUUACCACAAAAUUACUUGUUAAAUGGUUUAGGGUCUUAUUUUCAGAAAAAUUUUUCAAAGGAAAUAAUAGAAAGUACUUUAGUUGAUUUAUACUUACUUACUAACACUGAAUACCAUGUAUGCGAUAUAUCAUCAAAUUUAUGCAGAUUAGUUCACGAACUAAAGCAAGGGAGACCUCCAUUUAAGCAAGAUAACAAAUUUAAAUCAGUGAAUAAAGAAGUACAGUUUUACUAUCAGUGGUGGGGUUUUAUAUUUCCAUCUUCAUUGUGGAUUACUACCAAAAAGAAUACAGAGACAGAUUAUAAAAGUAAAGAUGGCAAAGCUUUUCAAUUAUUAAAAUACGGUAAUGAUUUAUUUAGAAUAUUAGAAACGAAUAAACAAUCUUCUUCUGAUUUUGUGUAUGCUCAAAAACUUACUAACGUAACAAAUAAAACAACCGGAUAUGUUUAUAAAAAUGAUCUUAUGGAAUGGCCAGGGACACCAACUUAUUACUAUUUUCCAUGAUCCUUAUUGAUAUUAGUUUAUAAUGUAUUUUAAUAUUUUAUGCAACAAAUUUU